AUGUCUGAUUCACGACUAUAUUUGUUCUCUCCCGAGACCAAGGAGAAGCUGCGCAAAUUCCGUCUGGGCACAUCGAGAGCCAAGGAUGCGCAAGCUAUCAUCUCUGACGAGUACCACAUAGAUAUCAUCGAUGCAAAGACCCAGGAGAUCCGGCCCCAAGACGAUGAAGUCUACUCCAAGAUGGAAGAUCUGGCCGAUGAUCUCCCCGAUUCCUCGCCCCGAUUCAUUCUCCUCAGCUACCCAAUGACCACGAAGGACGGCCGUCCCUCAGUCCCUUAUGUUCUCCUCUACUGGCUCCCCGAGAACUGCAACCCGAUGCAACGGAUGUCGUAUGCAAAUGCAGUGGAACUCAUGCGCAGCAGUGCCCAAGUCAACCGAGUGAUUGAGGUGGAGGCGGAUGAAGACAUCAUCGACAUCAAGUCCAAGCUGACUGGGUCGGAUUAA